UAUGUCAGUAGUAGGUAUUGAUGUGGGUUUCCAAAAUUGUUACAUUGCUGUUGCGAGAAGCGGCGGGAUUGAAACCAUUGCCAAUGAAUACAGCGACAGAUGUACACCGUAAGUAUACCAUUGACAUCAAUAUAUAGAAUGUGAUUUUGCAACGUAAUGUUUGCGACUGGAUGCUCGCUGUAGCAUACCCUGAUGGCGUAGUGAUAAAAAAUGCUCCAUCAAUGGAUGUUUCAUGUGUUAUGAUGAAUAUCUUACAUUGGAUGACAUUACAUUGGAUUGUAUUUUUUCUUUCAUGUAAAUGUAUAGCCUAUUUAUAGUAAUAUUUGCAGUUUUGGUUAUUACAACGUUAUAACGUCUCCAUUCUCAGAAGUCUUUGUUGCAUGUUCAUUUACCUAAUGACCUCUCUUAAUAAUUGCAGCCGUCUACGUAGUGCUUGGAAUGUGGCCUUUUUAGUUUCAUUUUACACCUUUCUAUCAUAUUCUGUGAGACAUGAUAUUUAAUGCAUCGUCAUAGCCUAUAUCGACAUUUGACCAAAUUGUUCAGCAUUAGAAUAUAUUGUAUUAAAUCUCAUGUCAUAUAGUUUAUUUUUUUUAUGAAUAUCCCUGCAUUACUCUAUUUUUCAAGUAAGCGUUGUUGUGUUGUCCUUUUUUAUUCAAAGCGCAUCAGCUAAAUGUAUAGCUCAUUUUAUUUCUUGCGAGUAUCAUUGAAUUUGCUUGGAAUUGACUGCUGUCAUAAAUUUUUGCUCACAGACUUAAAAGUACUGUAUGACAAAUUCCCAUAUGGACAGAAUAAUUUGAACAAAGAUAAAUAUAGGCUAUAGAUGGGCUGCUUGUAAGCCUACUGUAUGUAGCCUAUGUGAAUAUGACUAUCACACACAAAUGUUAUGACAUUGGAUUAGGUGACUGUGAAUACAUGGGUAUUUAGUUUAUACCAAUUCCUCUCAAAACUGCAAUCUUCCCCUGCUCCUCCUAACAGGCCACUAUGCAAGGUGCACCAAUACUCUGCGUGAGUGAGAGGGAAUGUAAUGCCCUGGGUUUUAUUACAGGAUGUUCUUGCUCAGCCUCAUUCACAACAAAUUUUCCAAAUAACUUAACAUCUGCCAUCAGACCAACUGCAUAGCCCACAAUCACAAUGCCAAUUGGGAAUAAUCUCAGACAUAACAUAGCAUUGCAGUGUACAGCUCUCAUACAAUGAAUUUGAUGAUGAGGAGAAGGAGGGGGAAGAUGGGUAGGUGGAGCAGAAUGAGACCUUCAAUACCAGUUGACGGAAUUGAGCCUUCCAUUCAAGGAACCUGGAUCACUCUGUGUCAGCAAGACAAUGCAAUGAGCUGAUGGAGGAAGGCUUGGGUGUCUCUGGCCUCCAAAAACCGAACCAUUGGAAAUGCAGCCAAGGGUCAAAUUAUAACAAACUUUAAAAACACAGUCCAUGGCUUCAAGAAGUUCCAUGGCAGAGCGUUUGACGACCCAUAUGUCCAGGGGGAGAAACCCAAGUUGCCUUACAGCUUGCACAAGCUGGCCAGUGGCAACACUGGAAUCAAGGUCCGUUACCUGGAUGAGGACAAAGUGUUCACAAUUGAGCAGGUAACAGCAAUGUUGCUGACCAAGCUGAAGGAAACUUCUGAGAGCGCCCUGAAGAAGCCAGUUGUGGACUGUGUGAUCUCUGUCCCAAGUUUUUUCACCGAUGCAGAGAGGAGGUCUGUGAUGGACUCCACCCAAAUUGCAGGGUUGAACUGUCUGCGUCUGAUCAAUGACACCACGGCAGUGGCCCUGGCCUAUGGGAUCUACAAGCAGGACCUGCCCACCCCAGAGGAGAAGCCACGCAAUGUGGUGUUCGUGGACCUGGGACAUUCAUCAUUCCAGGUCUCCAUAUCAGCCUUCAACAAAGGCAAACUUAAAGUACUGGCCACAGCCUUUGAUCCCUACCUGGGCGGGCGUAACUUUGAUGAGGUACUUGUGGAGCACUUCUGCGAGGAGUUCAAGGCAAGGUACAACCUGAACGUGAGGGAGAACCCCAGGGCUAUUCUGCGGCUGUCUCAGGAGUGCGAGAAACUGAAGAAGUUGAUGAGUGCCAACUGCUCUGACCUUCCCAUUAACAUUGAGUGCUUCAUGAAUGACAUUGAUGUGACAGGCAAGAUGAACAGAGUCCAGUUUGAGGAACUGUGUGCCCCAUUCUUGAUGAGAGUAGAGGCGCCAUUGAAAGCAGUUAUUGAACAAUCAAAGCUGAGCCGGGAUGAGAUCUAUGCAGUGGAGGUGGUAGGAGGAGCCACCAGGAUCCCUUCCAUUAAAGAGAGAAUCUCCAAGUUCUUUGGCAAAGAUGUCAGCACCACACUCAACGCAGAUGAGGCUGUGGCACGGGGCUGCGCUCUUCAGUGUGCAAUUCUGUCCCCAGCUUUUAAGGUGCGUGAAUUCUCCAUCACUGAUGUGGUUCCCUUUCCAAUAACCCUACGCUGGAAGUCCCCCACAGAAGAUGGAGUCGGAGAAUGUGAGGUGUACAGUAAGAACCAUGCAGCACCCUUCUCCAAAGUCAUCACCUUCCACAAGGACGAGCCCUUUGACUUGGAAGCGUUCUACAGCCUCCCACAGGAGCUGCCUUACCCGGACAUCAGGAUAGGGCAUUUUUCUGUUCAGAAUGUGGUGCCCCAGCCUGAUGGAGACAGCUCCAAAGUGAAGGUCAAAGUGCGCAUAAACGUGCACGGCAUCUUCAGUGUUUCCAGCGCCUCCCUGAUCGAGAAGCAGAAUGGUGAAGGAGAGGAUGUUCAGAUGGACAUGGAAGCCACUGUGCAGAAUGAAGGAAGGCCAGAGGACCAGACUAAAAUGCAGGUGGACCAGGAGGGUCAAGGCCAGGGGGACCAGCUGAAUGAGGACGCCAGCUCCUGCAGUAAGAACGGAGUACCUGGGGAGAAGCAGGACCCAGCAUCAGGGGGAAGCAAGCCUAAAGUAAAAGUGAAAAGCACUGACCUUCCCAUUCUGGCCAACACUAUCAGACAGCUGGACAGGGGGGUGCUCAAUGACUUUGUGCAGUAUGAGGGCCAGAUGAUCGUCCAGGAUAAGCUGGAGAAAGAGAGGAAUGAUGCUAAGAAUGCUGUGGAGGAGUAUGUGUACGACCUGCGGGACAAACUGUGUGGCAUCUAUGAGAAGUACACCACGGAGGAGGACAGUAAUCGUCUGACACUGAUGCUCGAGGACACAGAGAACUGGCUUUAUGAGGAGGGAGAGGACCAAGCCAAACAGAUCUAUGUGGACAAGCUGGAAGAUCUCAAGAGGUUUGCCCAGCCCAUUCAUGACAGGCACAGGGAGCAGGAAGACAGGCCGAGGGCAUUUGAAGAGAUGGGCAAGAUGAUCCAACUUUAUAUGAAAGCUGUGGAGCUUUAUAAACAGAAGGAUGAGCGUUACCAGCAUCUGAAUGCUGAGGAGAUGAGAAACGUGGAGAAGUGUUUAAAUGAAAGCAUGGCCUGGAUAAACAGCAAGAUGAAUGCCCAGAGCCAACUCACCAUCGCCCAGGACCCAGUCGUCAAAGUAGCAGACAUAAUUUCCAAAAUACAGGAACUGGAUGAAGUAUGCAACCCAGUUGUCAACCGACCGAAGCCCAAAGCAGAGGAUGUGUCAGAGGAGAAUGACAAGAGCAACGGGGCCCAUAACAGCCCAAGGCAAGGAGCUGGCGGGAGGGGAGCAGCAAAGGGUAGCAACCAGACAAAGCCUCCUUCAGCAGAGAUGGAGAUUGACUGAGCCCCUCUGCCAAAUAAGCUCUGCUACCAGCACUCUAGCUCCCAUCAGACCAUUUUGACAAGGUCUACCCAAACAUACAGUACAAAGUGUAUCCGGGACCAUUUUUCCAUGUCCAUCACCACUCAAUGGGCUGUUUUGUGCACUUGUAUUCAGAGUCCCCCUGUUCGAUUUUUUUCCUUUUGAUCUUUUUUUGACUUUCUCUAGUAUGUUACAACUGUGUGCUCCUCCCUCAGAGGUUAGACAAUACCUUAUAUAGUCAUUAACUGUAAGAUUAGAUAUAGAUGAAAACCAUGCUGGCUCUCCUGAAAACAGUUUUUCCUAACCAUACGUGUUUGCAUUUCAAAAGUCCCAUAAGCAUCAGAUCUCUAAGGUGACUCUUACUGCACAUAACCUUGUAGUGGAACAUAAGUAGAAUUACUGUCUGAACAAUCGCAAUGGCUAAUUAAACUAUUAGUAAAAUAUGUAUGCAAUAAUACAUAUUAUAUAUAUUUGUAUUUCAUAUAUGAAUUUGAAAGGAUGUAUGUAUGCCUAGAUACUGUAAAUAUUAUUUUAGUAAUUUAAACUGGCCAGUGCCUAUAGUUGUGUAUAUAGAGGAUACAUUCCUAGUGUUGUUAGCAAAGAGAGAAGAGCAAUGGGCUGGAUGCCUAUUCCUUUACUUAUUUUCAUGCAUUUCCAUAUUUUGAGUCAUGACAUUUAAAGACGGAAAGUAAUAAAUGUAUAAAUAAAUAAAUGUAUGCACUCACUAAUGUAAUUCGCUCUG